UGUUUCGAUUAGUGUAUGAUUUUCCAAGCAUCACGGAACUUGCGAUAUUGUACAGUUAUGGCUGCGCCUCAACCUAUCUGCAGUCGUCUGGCUGCCUUUCUAUUCGAAAUCGUUGAGAUCAUUUGAUGCCCCUCUAGCUGUAGUAUUUUGGAGUGUGCGCCGUUUCUUCUGCUGGUUCCUGGUCAAGUUUGCUGGACUUGGUUCCAAAGUUUACAGCGGAGAAUUCGAAUAGUCUUACAAAUCCUUGGCAAACUUAUUGCAUUUGAGAGCUAGUAUAAUUCGAGUUCUAUGGUUGGAGCCACUCUAGUUGGCGCUAGCAUGGCUGGUGCGGUGCAGGCUGUCAGCCUCGCAGGGCCCCCUUGCAGGUGCACAAGCUUUGAGAUGGCUGCUGGUGGAGUAGUCGUAUCAAGGAAGCAAGGUCAUUCGUGCUCCAUGAUUCAAAGGAAGAGCAAUACUAUUGUGCACUUGUACAGCACAAUGACACAGGCUUGGCAAGAUUCUCGUCUAACUGCUCGGGCUCUGGCUCAUACCAUUCCUUGCUCUACUAGUGGCAUUCAUCAUGCUCCCAUGGUGGUGAACGAGCUCGGCGGCCAGUAUGAGGAUACUUUUGAUGAUGUGGAAAAACACUUGCUCGACUACUUCACGUAUAAAGCCGUCAAAACAGUGCUGGCUCAGCUUUAUGAGAUGAAUCCACCUGAAUACGCUUGGUUUUACAAUUUUGUAGUUAACAACAAACCUCAAGACAGUAAGCUCUUUAUUCGAGUGCUAGUGAAGGAAAAGCAGGAACUGGCUGAAAGGGUUAUGGUGACCCGGUUGCAUCUCUUUAACAAAUGGGUCAAGAAAUACAAUCACAUACAAAUGUAUCAGGCCAUUAAAGACCAAAACUUGCAGUUGAUGCGGGAGAGGCUGAUUCAAACAGUAAAGCUGACCUCUGAUGGGGACAACAUUGAUAGGCCUCCGUUGUGAGGAUUGGACUCGUUUAUUUAUCUUGUGCUAUUAACUGUUGGUACAGAAUACCUCUGCUACUUAUGAUGGUUCGCCAAUGCCGUCUUUUAUGAUCUGUCAUUCAAUACUAAGCCAUUCGUUAUCUUUACAUUCGAAUGAUUAUUCAAUUUGUCUCUAUGUAACCUCCAUUUCAUGUGCAGAAGUUAAUGUUCUCCUCUCUCCCAUACAAUGCAGAGUUCUUCAUGGCUGCGCAGCUGGUUUAACAAAGCCGCAGAAUCAAGCUGAGAGUUAAUGAUUGUUCAAAUUUUCGUUAGGGGGAAAUUUAGACUAGCUGUAUCUGCUUGUCUUCAGGAUUGUGAUCUCUCUGGCAUGUACAGAUCAACUUUGGAAUCAUAUGUCCACAUUGGACGGUUGCCUACAA